AUGGCGGUGUCAAAUGGCACCCUAGGGGAAGACAUGGGAGCUCGGGACGGCGCGGAUCGAACGACAAUGUCGCAGUGGCCCAAGGUUGAGGAAGACGGCAACGGCGUCGAUGCGGGGGUGCUGGACUUUAUCUCGUUGGCGCAGACAAAUUGCCAUGGUUGCUCAACUGCAGUUGCCAUCUCAGGUCAAGUGUCAGAUGUCAUUUUUGGACAACUACAGUUGUUGUCAUGUAUGCCGUUCAAGAGGUUCGUCGAGAUCGGGCGGGUGGCCCUGGUGAACUACGGCAAGGACUACGGCCGCCUCGUCGUCAUCGUUGACGUUGUCGACCAGAACCGGGCACUUGUGGAUGCUCCCGAUAUGGUCAGGUGCCAGAUGAACUUCAAGCGUCUUUCGCUGACCGACAUCAAGAUUGACAUCAAGCGUAUCCCUAAGAAGGCCACUUUGAUCAAGGCCAUGGAGGAAGCUGAUGUGAAAACCAAAUGGGAGAACAGCUCAUGGGGUAAGAAGCUUGUUGUCCAGAAGAGAAGAGCAUCGCUGAAUGACUUUGACAGGUUCAAGGUCAUGUUGGCUAAGAUUAAGUUUUUCACCUGCUUACCCUGUCAUUUUUCAUAUGAACAGAGGGGUGGUGCUAUCAGGCAAGAGCUUGCCAAGCUCAAGAAGGAGGUUGCUGCUUAG